AGGCCUACGUGCCUCUCAACCACACGUUAUUCAACACUCCCGCCAAGCUUCCAGUUCCAGUUGCACCAGCUCGGUAGGCAACCUUGGUUCACCGAAACCGGAAAAGCGACAAGCCAACAGUCCGCUACCUCCGACACCAAAGACGCUCAAACAUCAAUCCAAUAGCAGCUUCUUCAGCAAUUCCAACCAAUCGGUGGCGGUUGGAGGCGGUGGUGGCACAGGUGAAGCCGAUAGUAGCAGUCCUAUCGCCAACGGCUCGAUCGUUAGCAGCAGCGCUGGUAGCAAACCGAAGAAAAGCCCUUCCAAAGAUCUGGAAGGCAUGUAUGCCAAGGUGAUGAAGAAGAAUAAACUGUCGAAAGUGCCGUCACAGAAUGCAUCACCAGUACCGCUGCGCAAAGAUGGUACGAUCGAUGAGCAGCAACAUCAGCAACAAUUGCAGCAGUUUCUUGCCGAUUCGGCGACGGAUGUCCUAAGUAACGGUGGCGUCCGGAAGCAACCCAUUUUUGCGAAGAUGUCAACCGUCCUCCACCAUCAUCGCCAUAGUGACCAAACGGAUGAUCCUGGUUACGAUACGAUUGCAACCGGUGGUAAACCAGCACAGCAACAACCUUCGAUACCUGCCGAUUAUGCCAAAAUUCAAAAGCUCAAUCGAAACGUUCCCUCCAGCAAUGUGAGCCAAGGUGACACGGAACCAGGAUACGAAAGUCUACCCGACGGACGGGGUAGCAUACGGCCAGAUCCGGGCUAUGAAACAUUGAACCGAUCGCCACGUACCGAGUCGGAUUCCGAUCCGAACUACGAAGUGUUACGACCGGCAACCGGAACAUCGUCCAAUAUGCUUGCAAAAGUAGCGACGGUGAAAACGACAAGUGAUCCGAAUCGUGAUAGUGAUGGAUACAGCAGCAUACGGGAACCCGGUGCUGGCAAUCGGUCCGCCAAUGGUGGAACGGCUCGCAAUCGAUUAGACUUCGGUGCUGGCGGGCAUGGCGAUGACGAUACGGAUGGAAGUAGUGUUGGUGGCGGUACUGCUGGGCCAGGGUACAGUAGCAUACGGGAAACGCGAAGAGAUGAAUACGAUCCAGGUUAUAGUGUGAUUUCGGAACGGAAGAAGCCUCCCCCGGGCCAUGAUUACGCCAGCAUUACCGAGGAAGCAAAACGACGAAAACCGAACAUUAACAACAAUCUCGAACCGGUUGAUGAUGAUUCGGACAUUUACUCGAGCAUUCCGCACACCUUAUCGUCCGGUACGCUGACGCUACCGUCACCGGGGCUGACGUCUGCUUCCGCUUCGAUGGUAGUCAGUCCCGUCGGCGUCUCGGUAGGUGCUUCCGGCACUGGUGGGGAUUCUGGUAGCGGUACUAACUACUGUACAAUCCCAGAACGACCGGGCAGUGGUGGGGUACCCGUGACAACGACAAACCUUUCGUCAUCGCCCGGAUACUCGAGCAUUUCGGAAACACGCACAACGCCCUCCUCGACGGACGGGGAUGGAAGCACCAGCUCACCGGAUCAACCGAUCGGAUACGGAAAGCACAACAACAGCAACAACACCAAUACGACCACCGCUAGUAUCACUACGAACAACAGUCUAAGUCGCUUAUCGAGCAACUACGAGUCGCUGACCGGUAGCGAAUCCGAUCCAAACUACGAAUCGGUCAAGUACCUCAACGUGAAGGAAAACCCUUACGAACGGUUGCACAAUGAGGCCGGGGCAGCCGGUAUUGUGGUGGUCGAUCCGUUACGAAAAUCCGUUACCAUUGAUUCGCUCACGACGGACUCGGAUACGGCUACUCCAACACCAAGCACCGUUGGUGAUCCAGCAGCAGCAGGGGCAGUGACUGGUACUACGUCCACUCCACCCGUCAGUGACUACUUUCAAGUGUAAGUGUAACUACUACAGUACUAGCAAAGGCACACUAGUAUUGAUUCAACAUUUCCAAGCACUAGUACAUGUUUAAGGACGAAUCCACACGAUGGGUAUAAAUGUGAAAGCCAACGCAUAACCUCCUGACUUGUACUGAAAGGAGUGUAUGCAAGUAGGUUGUAAUUGAUCUAUUAGAGGAGAAAAAAUGUAGAAGAAAAGUUGAUUAUCCAUAUAGAUAACUCACUAACAGUGAAACAGAGGCAGAAAUGUUGCAAUGCAGCUAGAUCGGUUUUAAUCGAUAGUGGCCAUCGGUGACCGACCAAACUAAUCGAUUGGCUGAACGAAGAAGUAGUGGCCUACUAAAGCAAUCCCACCACUAGAUCAUUGUGUAUAAGGAAGUAAAGGCUGUACUUAGAUUUGUUCGCCAGCUCUAGUAGUCUCUGGUGUAAACGACCGGUUACAGUCAGUGUGUAUGCAGCUUUUGCGCGUGACAACGAAUUCUACGUCUCAGCAAAACUGAGUAAAACAUAGUGCGUGUGUGAUAGACGGAUUGAUGAAUGGAAAAGGUUUUUUUUUAUAAAUCACAGUCAUAGACUUGAAACUGAGAUGAUCGUUAGAUCUUUAUGAUCGAAUAGCUCUUGGUUGGCGAUUUUUUUUCAAAAUUCUUUCCUUAGUUCGUCUGCUCGCUUUAAAUGUGCAGUUUGCUCGUCGCUUGUGAAAUCCAAAAAUUGCCUUCAACAUUUUGGUUGCGUUAGAAUGGCCAGAGCCCGUCUCUGGUCUAAACUAAGUGGAACGGGUGUGUGGAUGGAUAGAUAUUUUCGAGCUACAAAUAGUGUUGUAUUUGUGUCUGUGUGUGUGUGUUUACUAUUGCUUCAAGCUCUUUGCCUUGAGAGGAACAGCUAUUGUGAACGGUAGAUUCCCGUAUUUGUAUGUACCUUUAUUUAUUUACUCAUCUCCUGUUCAGUCCUGGGCCCAGUGCACCACGUUAAGUACCGCAGGCAGUCUGUGUUUUUUUUUUUGCGUAGUUUAAGUAUAAUUAUUAUUUUGUUAAUAACCUAAUACCGACAAGUAUUUUGUUUUAUCCGUAUUCCAUCCUUUAAAUCGCGACGGAAUAAGAUGAGGCCCCUCUGUUGACAGUUGUUGAUAUGCAUUAUAUAAUUUUUAUAUAAUUUAUACAGCUUUACUAAUAAUACUUUAUGAUGGGCCUCACUACGAAGGCCGCAUCAUCGUAUCUAACCAAUUACCAUUUGAGUUAACUGAAUAGUUGUGCGCACCUAUCAAAAUAUAGCCGCAAUGUUGUAACAUUCCCCGACCGCGAGCGUUGCUAAGACGCUGCCAACACACGCAAAACGAUGCGAUACAACGGCUCAUUGCAUCGAGGAACAAUUGAGAAGUAAACGGAAAGGAGCAUGAAAUCUGAUGUGUAUAGCGAUGCGACGUAGUUUGUAGGUUAAACUAUUGUGUUUUACAAUUGAAUCAAGGGAGAAAGCAAUUUGAAUCUUAUACAAACGAAAGAUCAGGAUGGACACGUACUGUUUGCAGAGUGAAAUUUAUCUAAAAAAAAUAUGCUGGAAGAUCUUAUUAAAAGAACUACUUACGAGAAACACUCCUCGAAGGUGUACACUGGACCGUUGGCAAGGAUGACACACACAAUUUCAGAAAAGCGAUACAACACUCUCAUUGCCUCA